AACCCUAAUUCUCCCUUCUUCAUACGACCCCUUUCUUCUUCUCCUCUGCCGUCACAUUCCUUCACCCUCCUCCGCGAUAACAAUGGUGAAACGGAAGCAACUCUCGGAGGCACCACAACAACAACAACAACAACCAUCCCCAGCCGAAGAAAACUGCAAAUCCCUGAUAAAGAAGCUCGCCUCCUGCAAGCAAACCAUCCGCGACCGCUCCCUGCGAACCCUCCUCCGCACAUGGCUCCCGGAGCAGACCUCGAUCCCCGACGAGGACAUGAGGAAGCUCUGGCAGGGAAUCUUCUACUGCAUGUGGCACGCCGACAAGUCUCUCUACCAGUCCCAGCUCAUCGACCGUCUCUCCGCCGCUCUCCACUCCCUCCCUCUCCCUCUCUCCGUCCACUACUUCGCCGUGUUCCUGUUCACCAUGCGCCGCGAGUGGUCCCGCAUCGAUCGGCUGAGGUUGGACAAGUUCUACCUCUUGAUCCGCAGGUUCUUGCACGGGCUCUUCGCUCUCGUGGACUCGAGCUCGUGGGAUUUGGAUCUGACGAGGCGGUUGGUGGGCGUUUUGUUCGACGGGACGUUUCUCGCUGGGGAUAAGUUUCAGGGGAACGGGGUGAACUACCACGUGGCGUCUGUUUUCGUUGAGGAGGUUAGGUCGUUUCUUCCGUUGAGGAAGGAGGUUUUGGAGAUUUUGUUUGGGCCGUUUGUGAGGGUUAUGGGGGUUGUUAGUGAUAAGGUUUUGGUUGGGAAGAUUAAGAGUAAUUUGUUUGAUGAGUUGCUUAAGAUGGGGAGGAGGCUGGUUGAUGUUAAGAAGUCUGGGGAUGGGGAUGAUGAGGGAGUGGUGGCGGAGGAUGAUGAUGUUGUGGUUUUGGGAUCUAUUGCUCUGUCUAUGGAGUUUGGGAAGAGGUUUUAUGAGAUGGGUUCUUCUCCUGAUUGCCAUCAGGGGAAUAGGAAAGUGAUAUUUGCGCUUCAUAAAGAGUUUUUGCAGUUGGAGAAGGAUAUGUUGAGCUCUGGUGUUGUGGUUUCUAUCACUGAAGCUUCUCGGGACAAGGAUGAAGUGCCUGAGCUGGUUCCCAUGACUGUUGAGACAGUUGUUUCUGAGUCUAAGGAGAUUGUUGCAAAUCGGUCUUCUUCUAAGAAGAAGAAGAAGAAGAGUUUGAAGAAAUGUUCAAAUUCUAAGAAGAAGGGAGCUGAUGUUGUUGUGAAUCAUGGCGAGAAAGAUGAGUCUGUUGACGAGACUAUGAUAUCAGAUCUUCGGGAGGAGUUUGAGAAGAUUGCGUCCGAAAUGGGUCCAGUGAAAGAUGAGGUUGCAAGUGUCUGUGAAGAAGCAGAACCUGUUCCAGUAGCCAUAAAGAAGAACAAGAAGAGGAAAAGAGAGAACAAAGAGGUUGUGGAGCAAGGUGCUACUGUUAACAGAGAUGCAGCAGAGAAGAGCUUACCCGGCCCGAGCAGUGAGAAGAGCUCAAAGAGAGUAAGAUUUGCAAUGAAGAACAAUUUGGUGUGGAAGCCUCAUUGCCCUCUACCUCCACAAGACUUGAGGUUGCCUCCGUCUGCUACACCGAGAGGAAGUGCUCUGAAGAAAGGAAUCCCGGCUGGUCCAGUGAGGGAGUCUCCGAGUAGGAAGACGAAGAAGAAAGUGAAACCGAACCCACGUAGAGGAGUGAAGACAAUCAAGAAUAAGAAAGUGUCUCCAUGAGUAGUGGAUUGCUGAGUUACUUUUGUUUGGGUUGCUGCUUGCUUUUCUUUCAAAUUUUGUUUUAGUUCCAACUAUUUAAUACAAUUUCUAGAUUUUGUUUUUUA